GAACAUUUUCUCUGGUAAGAGAGACGGAGACGUAAGUGCAAGGAAGGAAAAGAACGAUGAUGAUCCAUAGCUGGAGAAGAUCAGGAGAUUUUAUACGAUCGGCAUGCAAAUCACUAAGUAGUUUCCGACAAAAACAUAACUCAAUGUCUCCUUCUGUUUCAGAUUUAGGCUUCGUUAAUCGUUACGAGUCAAAAGGAAAGACCUUUGAGUCAAAUGCUGGGAAGGGUCGUAACACAGAGCUGCUUGAUCAUCAUCAUCAUCAUCAUCAUCCAUGUCUUGGUGGAAGAAACAUGUGGACGAUGCAGCAGUAUAAGUCAUUUGGGUCAUCAUCAGCUUCAAAAGUCCAGAGAAACCCAUUGUUUUCUUCGUUGGAACCUAAAGACGUUAGCUACUUCAAGGAGAUACUAGGUGAGAAACACGUGGUUGAAGAUGAAGAGAGGCUCGAGACUGCUAAUACAGAUUGGAUGCAUAAGUACAGAGGAUCUAGUAAGCUGAUGCUCUUGCCCAAGAACACAGAAGAGGUGUCUCAGAUACUUAAGUAUUGUGAUUCCAGGAGUUUAGCUGUUGUUCCUCAAGGAGGAAACACCGGUCUUGUUGGUGGAAGUGUGCCUGUCUUUGAUGAGGUGAUCAUCAAUGUUGGUUUGAUGAAUAAAGUCUUGUCCUUUGAUGAGGUUAGUGGAGUCUUGGUGUGUGAAGCAGGAUGCAUUUUGGAAAAUCUGGCAGCUUUCCUUGACACAAAAGGUUUUGUUAUGCCUCUAGACUUAGGUGCAAAAGGAAGCUGUCAUAUUGGUGGAAAUGUUUCAACUAAUGCUGGUGGUUUGCGCCUUAUCCGUUACGGCUCACUUCAUGGAACCGUAUUGGGUCUAGAAGCUGUCACAGCAAAUGGAAAUGUGCUUGACAUGCUUGGAACUUUACGCAAAGACAACACUGGAUACGACUUAAAACAUUUAUUCAUCGGUAGUGAAGGAUCACUUGGUAUUGUGACUAAAGUUUCUAUACUCACACAACCAAAGAUGUCUUCUGUAAACUUAGCCUUCAUCGCCUGCAAAGACUUUCUCAGCUGCCAGAAACUUCUUGUUGAAGCAAAGAGAAAUCUUGGAGAGAUACUGUCUGCUUUCGAGUUUCUUGAUAACAACUCCAUGGAUUUGGUACUUAACCACCUAGACGGUGUCCGUAACCCAGUUUCCUCUUCAGAGAACUUUUACAUUUUGAUAGAGACAACAGGAAGUGGUGAAACUUAUGACAGGGAGAAGCUUGAAGCGUUCCUUUUAAAGUCACUGGAACAAGGUUUAGUCUCUGAUGGUGUAAUAGCUCAAGACAUAAACCAAGCAUCUUCUUUUUGGCGCAUACGAGAGGGUAUAACAGAGGCGUUACAGAAAGCAGGAGCUUGUUACAAGUAUGACUUAUCCUUACCUGUUGAAGAGAUUUACAAUAUUGUCAACGACCUUAGAGGGAGACUAGAUGGCUUAGCGAAUGUCAUGGGAUAUGGUCAUCUUGGAGACGGUAAUCUUCAUUUAAACAUCUCAGCCGCGGAAUAUAACGAUAAGCUUUUAGGUUUGAUAGAACCUUAUGUUUAUGAGUGGACAUCAAAGCACCGUGGAAGCAUCAGUGCAGAACAUGGAUUAGGUGUAAUGAAAGCUAAUGAAAUCUUCUACAGCAAAUCACCAGAAACCGUUGCAUUAAUGGUAUCCCUCAAAAAGUUGCUGGACCCUAAGGGGAUUCUCAAUCCAUACAAAGUUCUCCCUCACUCUUUCUUCUCUCCCUAAGGUGGGGAUGAGAGAUGAUUCUUCAAAAAGAAGAAAAUGGGAAUAUGAUGAGGAGCCCAAGUUUGAGCAAGUAUGAUCGAUGCAAAGGAACAGUAUAAGCAAGUGUUGAUUAAAAAGUCACUUCACUAAAGUAUAUAUGCUUCUUCCAUGUUGUUGUCACUGUCUCUUAAUAUCUUAUUAAACAUGGGAUAAGAAAGAAUAAAAACCUGUGGAGCUUACGUGUAUUACAAGUUUGCAGUGUACUUAGACUGAAAACUCAGAAAGAGAAGAAUCUACCAUCUAUUUAUAAUAGCAACUACUGUAUC